UAUAACUAUAAACUACUAUAAUACAUUUUUACAUACAUUCUUCUAAAUAAAAUAUUCAAGAACUUAAAAAAUAAAAAACAAUGUAAAAUAAAUAUACGUACAAACAGAAUUGACGAUUGCAUUUGUUAUUAGUUAAAACUAGAUGCGAAUACAAAAGACUACGUCACCGCGCCAGAUAAGCGAUAGGCGCUGGUCAACGUAUGAGGCGCAUUCGCGCUCGCAUUCCCUACCACGGCUCCGACAGCGAAAGGUCAAGUUACCUAAAACUCUCAUAACGUCAGACGACAUGGAGUGACAAAUUUAUUUUAAUUUUUAAUUUUUACUACAAUUAAAUGUGUUAAGUGCCAGUUUUUCCCCAAAUAGGGGAACAAGUCUGGGGUCGUUAACUGGACCCACAAUUUGGAUGCGCGCGCGCCUGCACACGUUCCGGAAGGUUCCGGAAGGAAGACUGGCGGUCCGGAACUGCCUCUGAUGACGGCCACGCCCAGUACGACUUCGGCGGCGUAGUGCAGGGAAGUGACCCCUAACAAGGGCUUGUUUCUUCUUUUAUUGUAACCGGCCAGCUCAGGAAAUACCUACCCACGAUCCUGGAUAAAUAGAUAGGUUUUUUUAUUUAAAAUAUAGUUUGUAAAAUUUUUCUAUCGGAGUUUUUUUCUUCUCUCUAGUUUUUUUAUUCUACCCUAGUUUAUGCGACGCUAAACGUCACAUUGGCGCCCACACUGGUUAUUUUCUGAGCUGUGCAUGUUUGAAGCAAGUCCUUGGCCUUUUUCUUCUCUUGGUUUUCUUUGGUGUUGGUGGCUUUUUAAUAUUUUCACCUGUAAUUUUCUUCUAGUUUCUAAGUUUGAUUUCUGCAGUUGCUUGGUACGUGGUUGUACUAUUUACAUUAUUAUUGUUACAGCGUUCAUUUGUAGUUAUUUAUAAAAUAAUAUUGCAUAUUUCCUAUUAUAAAACUUCUAAAUACAUUUAUAAAAGUCCAUCGAGUCCUACAUUCCACUUACUCGGCAACUAAACCUAACUGCUUUUAAUCAAUUGUAAUCAAAACACACACUUGUCUCAAAACAUGGCGUAUCCUAUUAAAUAUUUGUCACUCCAAAAAGCUGAACUUGAAUAUGAGGUGAUUCUCAGAGGUGGUUCAACUGGUUCGGUACAGGAGCUUCGAAGCCAGAUAAUUAAAUUAGGAAUACCUCCUGAGGACAUUUUAGAAUCCCAUUUAGAGCCUGCGGUCGACCUUGACGCUGUUAAGGACAGUCUUGCUAAGUCACAAACGAUGUUGACCUCACUCAAGUCUAAAUUUGAUAAGACCCUGUUCUUACGAACUGAAAACCUACUACAUCAUAUAUAUCACAGACUUAGGCGAAUCACGAACGUCGGUGCCACGUUAGUUGAUCAGCACAAAAAUUAUUGCACUUCCUUUAACAAUCAAUAUAAAGAAAUUACAACGCUGAGACCGGCAUCUUCAACUUCUAAUACAAACGCAGUCUCAGUUCUGGAACCUGAGGCUACAGUGGUUCAUUGCGAUCGCAACCUAACCUCCGACUUAGCAAAGCUAAAAUACUCGGGCAAGGCCUGCGUGUUUUCUUUCAUUCAAAGAGUUGAGGAGUUCGUGGAGGCUAGGAACAUAUCAAAGGAGCGUAUUUUGAAAUUUGCGUACGAGAUUUUUACGGAGGACGCGUUACAUUGGUUCCGAUGUAAUAAAGAGGCUUUCCAAAGUUGGGACGAUGUCGUGGUUCUAUUAAAAAAAGACUUCAGCCCAAGAGAUUACGAUUAUCGCCUUACUAAUGAGAUAAAAUCUCGCACGCAAGGGGAGCAGGAAAAUAUAUCUAUUUACUUGUCUAUUAUGCAUGGCAUGUUCGCGCGCUUGGUUAAGCCGUUGUCUGAGGACGAAAAGCUCGAAAUUAUUCUACACAACAUCCGGCCAUGCUAUGCAAGCACUCUGGCUGCUUCGCCCGAAAUCAAGGACCUGAAGACUCUUAAAAACCUUUGCUCAAACUAUGAGGACAUUCAAUCACGCUUGUCCUUGUUUCACGAACCACCCAGAGUGACUUCUGAAACCCUAGCCCCAGAUUUUGCCUACACUAAACAUCAUAAAAAUAAUAAUUACUAUACAAAUAAAAACUAUCAAAGUACAAAUACAAAUGAAAGACAGAAAAAUUAUUACAAUCAAAAUAAAUAUCCUAACUACUCCGGCUCUUAUAACUACAACAAACCUAAACCUACAGAUGAAAAACCUAAUACUACUAAUGCUGUACAAGCUUCACCGAGCAGUUCAACUAAAGUAAGCGCCACUUAUGGCUCGCGUAAGUACUGUCCUCGGUGCCGCACUGAUACACAUUCCUUAAAAGAGUGUAAACAACCUCACUUCCCAAUCUGUUUUAAAUGCGGCCAGAAAGGUGUACGUUAUCCUGAGUGUAAAUCUUGUAACUCGAAAGACACAAAAAACUAAAUUCGGUGGAUUGUAGUGCGAAAGAGCCUUCUAAUAUAUCCAGUGAUAAAUUUAAUGAUACAGAGUGGAAAUCUUGGCUCAAUUUUAUAUCAAAAUUUUUCACUUGCUAUUCAGUCACUACAAUCCACGAUUCAGGUAAUAUAAAUAGCAGACCAUUUGUGUCAGUUCAAAUUAACGGUAAAACACUACAUGCUUUAUUAGAUACUGGUAGUGGUUACACAAUUCUCGGCAAUAAUUAUCAUAAGGUUUUCUUGGAUGCGGGUUUCAAACUAAAUACUAAAGAAACUCUGAAUUUGUAUGGAGCUGGCAAGCAUAGACUGAACAAUAUUGGUAUGAUUAAUCUGCCUGUCUCGUUUUUAGAUCAGACUCACAUCUUGAAAGCUUACAUAGUACCAGAGGUAGAAAACUCCUUAAUCUUAGGUAUGGACUUCUGGAGACUUUUUGAUUUGUUCCCUAAGCAUCUAGAUGCUGUUAUUUUACCUAAGGAUGUCGAUCAAUUAAAUACCUUAACACUUGACACUCAACCCACACACUUGUGUGACUACGAUCAUCUCUCUCCUGAACAGAAGGUUACGGCUGACCAUAUUACAGCUCAAUUUCGCAAUAUUUCAUAUGAAGAGCGCGGUCUAGGGCGAACUUCUCUAAUUUCUCACAGUAUAGAUACGGGUGAUGCUUUGCCUAUACGUCAGAGAUACUAUAGAAUGUCUCCUGAAAAACAGAGAAUACUAAAUGCUCAACUUGAUGAAAUGCUACGUGAAAAUGUUGUAGAGUCUUGCGAGAGCCCUUGGUCGUCCCCAGUUCUUUUAACACCUAAAAAAAAUGGCGAAAUGAGAUUGUGCUUGGAUAGUCGUAAACUGAAUGCAGUUACUAUCAAAGAUGCCUACAGCAUUCCUUACAUUUCAGAGAUACUUGAUAAUCUGCGUGACGCUAAGUAUCUGUCUAGUUUGGAUUUGUCGAAAAGUUUUUGGCAAAUUCCAAUCAAGAAAGAGGAUCGGUGUAAAUCAGCGUUUUAUAUUCCUUCGCGCGGUACUUUUCAAUUUGUUUCUAUGCCCUUUGGCUUAACCAAUGCUCCGGCAACGCAACAAAGACUGGUUGAUAUGUUGUUCUAUGGGCCUGAUUUUGAGCAUAAAGUAUUCGUCUACAUCGACGACAUUAUCAUUGUCUCGUCAUCCUUUGAAGAACAUAUCUCCCUGCUGGUUAGAGUUCUGGAGAAACUUAAAAUGGCAAACUUAACCAUUGGAUUCCAAAAGUGCCAAUUCUUUAGGAAUAAACUGUCGUAUCUAGGCUAUGUAGUGGAUAGAAACGGUCUACAACCAAAUCCAGAAAAGAUAGAGGCGAUCGUGAACUAUCCGACACCUACUAACCGUAAGGAAGUUCGUCGAUUUCUUGGAACGGCAUCUUGGUAUCGUCGGUUCAUUCCAAAUUUUAGUACAAUAGCGGCACCACUAAAUAAACUUACUUCUCAAGCUAAAAACUCUCCGCCUUUUUAUUGGUCUACAGAAGCUGAAAAUGCUUUCCGUACUCUAAAAGAAGCUUUAAUAUCUUCUCCUAUAUUGUCGUGCCCAGACUAUUCGCAGCCCUUCCAAGUACAUACAGAUGCGAGUGAUUACGGCGUUGGCGCGGUUCUUACACAACAGCUAGACAACGAGGAAAAAGUUAUAGCCUACAUGAGUAAGUCCCUUUCGAGUCAAGAGCGUAACUACAGCGCAACGGAACGAGAGGCACUGGCUGUACUUACGGCGAUCGAACACUGGAGAUGCUACUUAGAGAACGGCCAAAAGUUCGUGGUGUACACCGAUCACUCGUCCUUAAAGUGGUUCCUAAAUUUAAAUAACCCUACGGGUCGCUUAGCUCGUUGGGGAGUGCGCAUGUCCUCAUUUAACUUUGAGAUCAAACAUCGUCGCGGUUCGGAAAAUGUGGUAC